UCAUUCACAUAUUUCUUCCAAUUUAGAAUAAAAUAAAAUGUCAAAGGCAAACAAACUCUUUCAACAGCAAGAACUUGCAUCGAUCGCCAACAAGUCAAGAGUUCAAGAAAAGCGUAUCGACAUACCGAUAGUCGACAAUAAAGAAUUCAGGUGCAAUAUCUUCUCAACUGCUUGCCGCAUUUAUAUUUUAUUAUUGCAAGCAUGUAUUGAAUUAAAUACAUAUAAAUUCAUAUGCAUUCAGCAUGUAAUCAAUCUUGUCUUACACGUAAUAUCUAGAAUGGAUUUAAUAUCACGCAUCGAAAAUGUUACGCUGAAGAUAAUAGAACAACUGUCUACUGGAAGACCACCACGUAUAUCAUACUCCAGCAAGCAGAGCGUUACCGUAGAAUCCAGCUUGCCUCAAGAAAACGUUUAUCCAGGAUACUCACAAUCAACCGAUACUGAACGAGAUACAAUGUCCUUCGAUUCUUCAUCAGAUACAAUGUCCUUCAAUUCUCCAUCAGAUUUCGAUGAAGAACAAGAUACAGACGAAGAAGACGAUACUCAAUGUUCGGGAGAAACGACCGUUGACUUCGCAAGGAAACGCAGCAGGAACAAAUUUACCUUAAUGGCGAUGAUAAUGGCUGAGGCUCAUUAUUUGUUGUUAACGAAUACGACCAAAACGAGACGAUCGUUUUACUAUGAUUUGAAGAACGAAACAACCGAAUAUUUGGUACCUAAUCAGAUAUAUGUUGAUCGUGCAUUGAACAGCGUUGCUAAUUUAUUGGAAUGUGCACCAUGGAAUCUGCAACUGCUCGCAACGAACAAGGGCUUGGUGGCAGGAAACAUAACUAUUACGCUAGUCGAUAGUCAAGUCAUCAAUUGUUCUAUACCAGAAGGUGUGGAGAUCCCACAGAUCAUUUCGAAUGUAACUUCCAUUAGCGUAAAAGCCAAUUUCGUCUUGGUUAUUGAGAAGGACGCUGCUUUCCAAAAGUUGCUUCAGGAAAAUUGCCCUCGCGUUCUAAAUUGCAUUCUAGUGACGGGGAAGGGCUAUCCGGACGUAAGCACGAGAAUGUUGGUUAAAAUGUUAUCCGAAAAAAUGGAUCUCCCGAUUUACAUAGUCGUAGAUGCGGAUCCUUUCGGCGUGGAAAUCAUGCUAAUUUAUCGGUAGUUUAACCAGAAUCACCAUCA